ACCAAUUGUUAGAGCUUUUUUGUGUGGAAGGAGCAACAAGAGUUUUGCAAAGAAGUCGACCUAUUGUUUCUGGGACCUUUAUGGUGUAGUUUUGACUACUUUUGUUCAUCGGGGAGAACCGAUACAAACUCCAUACACUUUGGUUUUACCUUUAGAGAACAACCCGGUUUAUUCGAGGCCGUAGUAUGGAUGAAAUACGGCCUAACAGUGGUGCGCAAGCCCACGGGCUGGUGCCACUGUUUCCUCCCGGACUGCAGGCUAUAUAUGGGGAAUGUCGGCGACUUUACCCCGAUCAGGCCAACCCGCUGCAAGUUACUGCCAUUGUUAAAUAUUGGCUUGGUGGACCAGACCCCUUAGACUACAUCAGCAUGUACAGGAACACGGGCUGUGCGGCUCAGGACGUCCAGGAACACUGGCACUAUGUAAGCUUUGGACUCAGUGACCUGUAUGGAGAUAAUCGGGUCCACGAAUUUACAGGAACAGACGGGCCCAGCGGAUUUGGGUUUGAACUUACCUUCAGGCUCAAGAGAGAGGCGGGAGAGACAGCACCUCCAACGUGGCCUGCAGAACUCAUGCAAGGCUUGGCUCGCUAUGUCUUCCAGUCAGAAAACACAUUUUGUAGCGGGGAUCAUGUGUCAUGGCACAGUCCACUGGAUAACAGCGAGUCUCGCAUUCAGCACAUGUUGCUUACUGAAGACCCACAGAUGCACCCCAUCCAGACUCCGUUUGGUACUGUCAGCUUUCUCCAGAUUGUGGGCGUGUGUGCAGAAGAGCUGCAGGCGUCCCAGCAGUGGAAUGGACAGGGCAUCCUGGAGCUGAUGCGUGGAAUCAAAGUAGCUGGCGGCCCCUGGCUCAUCACUGACAUGAGGAGAGGAGAAACCAUUUUUGAAAUUGAUCCACAUCUACAACAGGAGAGAGUGGACCAGGGUAUUGAAACCGAGGGCUCUAACCUGAGCGGCGUGAGUGCCAAGUGUGUGUGGGAUGACCUGAGCCGACCCCCAGACGACGAGGAGGACAGCCGAUCCAUCUGCAUCGGAUCGCAGCCUCGCCGGCUCUCAAACAAAGACACAGAACAGAUCAGAGAGACCCUGAGAAAAGGACUGGAGUUUAACAGCAAGGCGGCCUUGCCACCCAUCAGCAGCCAGAAACAGAACCACGACAGAGCUCAAAGUCGGAAGGACAGUUUGGAGAGUGAAAGCUCAGCAGCCAUCGUUCCUCAUGAGUUGGUCCGAACUCGCCAGCUGGAGAGCGUCCAUCUGAAAUUCAACCAGGAGUCCGGCACGCUGCUACCCCUCUGUCUGCGGGGCAGGUUACUCCACGGGAGACACUUCACGUAUAAAAGCAUCAACGGAGACACGGCCAUCACGUUUGUCUCUACUGGAGUCGAAGGAGCUUUUGCCACUGAAGAGCAUCCCUACGCGGCACAUGGGCCCUGGCUUCAGAUAUUGCUGACUGAAGAAUUUGUUGAGCAGAUGCUGGGGGAUUUACACGAGCUCGGCUCUCGUGAUGAGUCAAAAUUACCCAAGGAAUACAGCUGGCCAGAGAAGAAGCUGAAGAUUUCCAUCCUGCCAGACUCUGUGUUUGAUAACCCAUUGCAAUGAGGCAGAGAAAAUGCAGACAAAUGUUUUCCAAGAGCAUCGCUCCCAGAACGUGCUGCAAAUCGAGCAGGAAAAAAAAAAAGUAGAAAUAUACUGUCAUCCACAGAGGACUGCUUUGCUCCGGAGGACGAUCCUGGGGAUCAGCCACACAUUUCUGACUGUUACUGUGUUCUCAGACUAGGCCCAUUGUUUACCACUUCUCUCUGAGGCGCUAGUACCUUGAGGUUAUCAACCCAGCCUCAAACCAGCUUGUUCAGAUGGUUGUUCUGUGAGAACUUUGCUGCGAGGCAAACGGGAUGCUUGUAUUGCUCAAACAAAACAACAACAACAAAAAAAACUAAAAUAUACAUCACUGACACGGCAUCCUUGAUCAUCAGAGACUGUCUGAAGCAAUAACUGGGCUACAUUUUAUGAAACACUACUAUUUAUUCAAGUGGCCUUAGAAAAGGGACUUAAAAUGGCAAACCAGUUUAUUGGUCUUGUUUUCAGUUACUCCUUUUUUUUGUAUAGUAUUUACAAAUGCUGGACAUUUUUCUUUUAUGUGUUUGUGUUCACACCAAAGUUUUUGGCUGCCAGUACUGUCUGUGUCUCAAAUCUUUCAAUACCAUUGCCUUAGCAAGCCACAGAGCUUUGGUUACCCACUCUGCUGUUGUAGCUCCCUCUUUGCCAAGAGCCUUACCCCACAGAGUGUUACAUGUAACAUUUAUUUUCCCCAUGCAAAGCAGGUGUGUUUUAAAAGUUGAAAUGCAUUAGGUUUUCAGGAAAUGUCAAAGAAAAGAUAUCAGUCUUCCAUAACCUAACACGGGACCUCCUCAGUGCCUUGAGCUACAAGCUAUUUUCCGUUUACGUACCGCACCGGAUUGUUUAAAAAACACAUUAUUUCAUAAUUAAAAGAAAAAAAAAACCUGGUUAAGCUGCCAACCAUCAUAUUUCAUUCCCCAUCAACACGAAAUGUAAAAUCAGCAUAUUUUGGUGUUGUCUUAACUGUACACGUACUCUCAUGCAGCAUGUGAUGGCAUAUUUAUGUUUUUUAUCAUUCAUAAUGAAAGAAAAGUUUAGAUGCUGAAUUUCUUUUUUUUAUUAUUUUUUAUGAGUGAACCGGCUGGCUGUAAUCCUAAGUGCAUUAAAGAGUGUAGCUAUUACACAAAUAAAUCAAAAACAUACAUCUGAUUGAAAAGC